AUGGAUCAGAAUACAUGCAAGGGCAUACUCGCUGACCAUGAUGUCAUUAAAAUUCUGUCUUGUACAAAAUUUGGAAGCACUAAUAAAUUUGCCACUGAUAUACAUCUUGGUAGUGAUAGUAAACUCAACUUCAAAACAGUCCAUGAUGAGCGUCUGUAUGAAUAUCACAAUUCUUUGGAUCUUAAGAAAAUUGGGUAUGAGAUUGGUUCAGAUCACUUGCUCAUGUGGUGUUUCCCAGAACCAACUUUGCAACAUUCAGACGAAAUGGUUGGUCUAAACUGGCCCUCCACUUGGAGCACUGAGCCAGUGGAAGUGAAGCUGUUGUCUCUUAUGAGGAAGAUGAGGUUGAUGAAUCACAUCCUACCAUUAAGUCCAGGAUACUCAAGGUUAUAUGACCGUUUGGAAGUUGCAGUGCAAUUGGAUGUUGAGCAACCAACAGAACAGAAAAGUUCUGUGCUACAGAUAAAGAGACAUGCUUUGAUGAUGAUUAUGGAACCAAUUUAUAAUGUGAAGUUGAUGGCUUUGACAUAUGAGGAAGAAGAAAAUACCAUGACUAAUUCGAAGAAAAUCAAGCGUUACAUUGUAAACAUGUCUUCUUCUUCUCUUUCUUCGGCAAUCGCCCCUCAAGAAACGCAUGGGUUUGAGAAAAAUACCAUGUAUUUCUCAGUUUCAGAGCAUAUCUCAACUUUCAUGGACGAUCAUGAACUUGAAAGAGGCAAUGAAAUUUUACCCACACUUAGCAAAGCAAUUCAGGAAUCCAAGAUUUCGAUAAUCAUUUUUUCCGAAAACUAUGCUUCGUCCACAUGGUGUUUGGAUGAACUGCUGCAAAUACUUAAAUGCAGAAGAACAAAUGGACAGAUUGUUAUACCAAUCUUUUACGGCAUAAAUCCAUCCAUUGUACGCAAACAGAAGGGGAGUUAUGGAGUUGCAUUUGCUGAACUUGAACAACGUUUUAAGGACAGAAUGGAGAAGGUGCAUCGAUGGAGGGCUGCUUUAGCAGAAGCAUCGAAUCUAUGUGGGCCUGAAACCAAAUUAGUUCGAAGAAUUGUUGAAGACAUUUUAUUGAAAUUGUCUAAAUGUCUAUCUUCAAAUCAUCAUUUCAAAAGACAUCUUGUUGGAAUUGAAAGAAAGAUCGAAGAAAUUGAAUCAUUAUUAUCCAUUGGCUUAAAAGAUGUUCGCAUUAUAGGUAUAUGGGGCAUGGGAGGUAUUGGUAAGACCACCCUUGCAAGGGUUGUAUAUCAAAUAUUAUCGUAUUCUCCAUUUGAAGGUUGUUGCUUUCUUUGGAAUUUUAGGGAAGAAUAUGCAAGAUAUGGACCAAAUCAUUUGAGAAAACAACUUCUAUCUAAGUUGUUAAAUGAUGAAGCUAUUCUUCAUAUGGAUACCACAAUUAUUGCAUCACCAUUUAUUCUUGAUAGACUUCGAUGUAAAAAGGUUCUCAUUGUUUUGGAUGAUGUGGAUAUUUCAAUCCAAUUAGACGCUUUAAUUGAAGGAUCUCUUGAGCUUGCUCCUGAAAGCAGAAUGAUUGUUACAACUAGAAAUAAGCAAGUGCUUAUGAAAGUAGCCAACUACAUUUAUAAGGUUGAGGGGUUAAAUGACAAUGAAUCUCUUGAGCUCUUCCAUUUGCAUGCUUUUUGUAAACAUUCUCUAGCAACGGAUAAUGAAAUGGUGUUAGAAGCGACAAGUUAUGCAAAUGGCAAUCCAUUAGCUCUUAAGGUAUUGGGUUCUUUCCUUUGCUUUAGAAGUAAAAAAGAAUGGGAAAGUGCAUUGAAGAGGCUGAAGAGAUUUCCAAACCCAGAAAUUCAAGAUGUGUUGAGAAUUAGUUAUGAAGGACUAGAUGAUAAGAAGAUGAAGGAUAUGUUUCUUGACAUUGCUUGCUUAUUUAAUUCAUCUUUUACUAGAGACCAUAUAGAAAGCAUAUUAGACGAUUGUAAUUCAUCUGUGAAAAUAGAAGUAAGUGUUCUCAUCGAGAAGUCUUUGAUUGAAAAUACCAAAGGUCACAGGGGAGAUGUGCUAUGGAUGCAUGAUUUGUUGCGCCAAAUGGGUCGGGCAAUUGUACGUGAUGAAGAUAAUGAACCCGGUAAUUGUAGUAGGUUGUGGGACACUAUGGAAGUCUGCAACGUAUUGGAAAAUAGUACGUGGGACUUAUACACUUUGAAAUUGUUGCCAUCAAAUUUUAUUCCUGAGAAUCUUGUUGAACUUGUACUUCGUGGCAGCCAUGUUGAAAAGCUUUGGAAUAAUCGUAAAGAUCUGUCUCUUCCCGUGUUAAGAAGGAUGGAUCUCAGUUAUUCCAAGUUCCUCACUCAACUACCAGAUAUGUUACACUCUCCAAAUCUGGAAAGUAUAAAUCUUGAAGGUUGUACAAGCUUGGUUCAGGCUCACAUUGCUCCAAAGUUUGCACCCAAUUUAAGAUAUUUACUUUUGCGUGAGACGGCAAUAGAAACAUUGCCCCCCUCAAUUUGGCAUCUCUCGGGUCUUGUGCAAUUAGAUUUGAGUUAUUGCACAAGACUUAAAAGUCUUCCAUCAUGCAUUUGUCAUUUGAAUUCUCUUGAAGAACGAUACCUGUUUGGUUGUGAGAAACUGAAAAUAUUUCCAGAAAUCUUGGAGCCUAUGGAACACUUGAAAUUACUUUUGUUAGAUCACUCGGGGAUUAAAGAGUUGCCAGAGUCAAUUGAAAAUCUAGUAUCCAUCAGAAAUAUCCAUUUAACACGAUGCAAGGGCUUACAGUUUCUCCCAAAUAGCCUACGUAAAUUAAGGAAACUUGAGAUGUUAUGCCUCGUGGCCUGUUCAAAAUUUCAAAAUUUGCCUUCGCUUCCACUGUCGUUGCUCUACUUGUCGGUGUCCGGAUGUGAGAAAUUGAAAUCUUUACCAGAGCUUCCAUCACGAUGUUUGAGCUUGAAUGCAUAUGGCUGCAAGUCACUGGAGAGUAUAUCAAACUGGAGAGCUCCACUAUUAAACGAUCUGGAUGUCACGGGACAUCAGUCUUUCCCUGCAAACAUCGACUUUUUUGGUUGUGAAAAAUUGGAUCAGAAUACAAGCAACACCGUGCUUGCUGAUCACGUGGCAAUUAAUAUUCUGUCUCAUCUAAGAACUGACACAAUUAACAAUCUUCUAGUCUUACGAUAUCCAGGAGAUGAAAUUCCAAAGCGGUUCAGUUAUCAAACUUGUGGGACUUCAAUCAAUAAUAUUAUGCUUCCUCCAUAUUGGAAUGAUGACGACUUCUUGGGUUUCGCUUUCUGCAUUGUUCUUCGUGGGAAUAAAAUUGACGGUAAUUCAUGUCAUGGUGUUAAUUUCAAACUCAAUUUGAAAACCAUCGAUGAUGAUCAUCUUUACGAAGAUUCUCGUUGUAUUGAUUACUUAUGGGAUUACAAGGUUAUUGGUUCAGAUCGCGUGGUCAUAUGGAAUGUAGAAAAGCUGUCUUUGCAAUCGACGGGUAGACUACAUUGGCCCUUUACUUGUAGCACUGAGGCCUCUAUCCAUGUCUGUCCUGCUUAUGCUGAAAGGGUUUCCAACAUGAUUAAAAGUGAGGAUGGCGGGAUUAAGAAGGUUGGGAUUCGGUUUGUGUACAAACAAGACAUAGAGAGAUGUGAUGCAGAAACUGAAAGAAAGAAUAAGAGACGCUUCUAUGAAUGUGGUGAAUCAAGUGCAAGCACUGAAGCUGUUGUCUCUCUUGACGGAGAAGAAGAUGAUGAAUCAUAUGCUAAGAAACUCAAGCUUAUGUGA